UGGUAGAAAGUCCAUUUCUCUUCAGGGAGAAAUCCAAAGAGUAAGUAAGAAGUUUGAUGAACUAUUCUUCAAUUCUUGCUUCAGACUGAAGCAGAUGGAUGGAUUGAAUUGGUAGCAACCCACAUGAUCUUCAUUUCCAAUACCCACUUCGAUGGCGAACAGAGGAUCUGCUAAUGAGUUUCUGUUCAUGAAAAUGGUGCCUUUUGUUUGUUUUCUCUGGUUUUCUGUCAGUGACUUCACGUUUUAUCUGCUAAGACUUGUAAGCAGAUAUGUCUUCAGAUUUUAUGGAGAAUACGCUUCGAAGAAAGAUGAUUCGAAUUGCUCCACUGUCCAACCUGCAAUUUCCAAAUUUCAGGAUUCGAAAUCUGAUGAACCAGGAGAGAAAGAUACCCCAAAGUUCUGUUUCAAGUUUCAAUAUCAGAGUUUACAAACCCAUACAGGGAAUGAAGAAUCUGAAGUCUCUUUCACCACUGAACAAAAGUGCCCCACGACGAGCACUAGUAAGUGCCAGUUCUUAUCGGAGAAGCAUUUCUGUGGAUUCAUGGAAGAACCAGAGGUUGUGAGCUUUACUGUGAACGAAUUAUACGCGGAUUCAAAAGAUUUUCUGCAACUUAAUUCAGAGAUGGAAACUGUUCAAGAAGAAAUAUUAGACGACGAAUCCACUGAUUCUCACUGUAAAACAGGGGAAACAGAGGAAACAGAGGCUGAGAGUCUCACUGAAGUAAACCUGCAGAGUAAGGAAACUGAAUCGAUCGAUGAGUUCUCAUUUGAGAAUCAUUCGCUCGAUCCAGAAGAUGGGUUUUUGUUAGAUUGUGAUCUAGAGAAACCAUUUCAAACGAAAACUGUAUUGGACGAAGAGAAGGUAGAAAUAAGCGCAGAAAUCCAAAGUUCCCAAGAGGUCCAUUUGCAGAAUUCAAAUAUGGUGAGUACCAAAACCAUGGAUACCAGUGACCAGUCUUCUUCUGCUAAUCCAAUCAAAGACGAAUCAGAAGACGAAGAAGAAGAAGCCCAUUUGCUGAAUUCAAGAAUGGUGGACAGUGGAAUUCACUAUGAGGGAGACAUCGAGGAAGACGAGGAAGAAGAAGAGAAAAACAGAGACUUUGGUGGUGGCAAAGAGAAGGAAGCAAUGGAUGAUGGUUCAGAAAAAAUUGAAGAACCUAGUUGGAAGAAUCUGCAGAACUCACAACUGGAAACACUGUGGGAACACCAGGAUCUGAUAGAACAGCUGAAGAUGGAAUUGAAGAAGGUGAGAGCUACAGGACUUCCCACCAUAUUAGAAGAAUCCGAGUCUCCGAGGAUGAUGGAAGAUCUGAAGCCAUUGAAGAUCGAUGAGAAGUUCUUGCACGAGGAUCGAAUGAAUGAGCUGAACAAGUUCUACAUGAGUUACAGAGAGAGCAUGCGCAAAUUUGAUAUCUUCAAUUACCAGAAGAUGUACGCAAUAGGUUUCCUCCAGAAGAAGGACCCAUUACAGUCAAUUUCCAACCGAAAGUCUUCCAAUCCGGCAACCACAAGCAUCCUAUCCCAGAAUUUCUGGAUAAGCAAAGUCAGAAGAGCUAAUAAAGUAGACCCAAUCGUUAAGUUCAUUGGAGAGUUGCAGAGCGAUUUGGAAAUGGUUUACGUGGGACAAAUAUGCCUCUCUUGGGAAAUCCUCCACUGGCAAUACUUCAAGGCCCAAGAAUUACAGGAAUCUGGCACUUAUGGUAUCCAUAGAUACAAUCAGGUUGCAGGUCAAUUCCAACAGUUUCAGGUGCUCAUGCAAAGAUUUAUGGAGUAUGAAGCUUUUCAAGGACCUAGGGUUCAAAACUAUGUCAAGAAUCGAUGCGUUCUUCAUAACCUUAUUCAAGUUCCAGUUAUAAAAGAGGAUUCUUUGAAGGACAAGAAGAAAGCAAGAAGGGGAGAUAAAGAUGCGAUUACAAUUGCAAUGUUAAUGGAGAUCAUUGAGAAGUCAAUGCAGAUAUUCUGGGAUUUCGUUCGAGCUGAUAAGGAAGAAGCUAACAUGAUAUUAAAGGGCCUUUUGAGAACUCAGGUUGAACUGCAGAACCCUGCAGAUUUGGAUCUUCUCACAGAAAUAAGAUCAAAUAUUCAAAAGAAGGAGAAGAAGCUGAAAGACAUUUUGAGAAGUGGGAACUGCAUAGUAAAGAGAUUCCAGAAGAGGCAAGAGGACAGAUCAGACCUGAUAUUGUUAUUCCCUCAGGUUGACAUGAAGCUGAUAUCUAGGGUUUUGAACAUGUCAAGAAUAACAAGUGAACAACUAGUUUGGUGUCAUAAGAAAUUAAACAAGAUUAAUUUUGUAGAUAGGAAGAUUCACAGAGAACCCUCUUUUUUGCUAUUUCCAUGUUGAGGUUGUUUCUCUU